AUGUUUAACCCCUUGGUACUCCUGUUGGCAGUGGGCGCAACCUUGGCCUCUGCAAAGACCGUCACUUACAACUUUGACAUUGGCUGGGUUACAGCAGCUCCAGAUGGCUACUCAAGACAGGUCAUUGGUAUCAAUGGCCAGUGGCCUAUACCCAUGAUCGAAGCAGACGUUGGCGAUACAAUUGUUGUCAACGCCAAAAAUUCACUUGGCUCACAAUCUACGUCGCUUCACUUUCACGGCAUGUUCCAGAAUGGGACAGCUGGAAGCGAUGGUGCUGUAUCGGUCGCGCAGUGCCCCAUUCUGCCUGGCGACUCCUAUACAUACACAUUCGUCGCCAAUCCUGCAGGAACACAUUGGUACCACUCGCACAAUAAGGGCCAAUACCCUGAUGGGCUCCGCGGAAAGAUGGUCAUCCACGACAAGGCAUGGGAGUCAAGUCUGAACAUCGAUCAACAGAUGACCCACAGCAUGUCUGACUGGUACCACCGACAGAUGCCUGACAUUAUCAACGACUACCUCAGCCCGAGCAAUACCAACGGUGACUUUCCUUCUCCAGACUCGAUCUUGUUCGACGACAAGAAGCAGGCACCCAACAUUCAGAUUGCAGCCGGAAAGCGAUACUUGCUCAGGAUUGUCAAUAUUGGCGGUUUGGCAUGCGGGCAAUUCCAUAUCGAAGGCUACCAGCUCCAUGUUGUUGAAGUUGACGGCGUGCAAGUUCAGUCCUCCCCGGCGGAUACCAUCGUCAUCUGCGCAGGCCAGAGCUAUGGUGUGGUAGUGGAAGGAAAGGCUUCCUUUUUGGGCAUCACGGCAAACGCAAACUACAUCAUCAAAAUGUCGACCGAAAUGCUGACUGGCGCGAUUCCUCCGAUAGAUGAUAUCAUCAUCAUUGGUAACAUCAUCCAAAGCCUCCUUGGGGACCUGCUCAGCAUCGUCACGAACAUCCUCACAUUCAGAUGGGUCCCGGCUGCCCUCUUCGAUGAUUUCAACCUGAAACCACUCGAUGGUGAGCAGCUUCUCUCGCCGGUGGACAACAAGAUUGAGCUCUCAACAAACCAAACCUACUACUCAAACAUCGGCACCCGCAUGGCUCUUGGUUCUCAACCCUGGACACCGGCGAAGGUUCCUUCUCUUUUCACCGCUUUGACGACCGGCAGCUCAGCCAUGGACCCCGCGACAUAUGGCCCAGGAGUCAACCCGUGGGUCGUGAAGUCUGGCCAAGUCGUGCAAAUCCACCUCCAGAACACUUACGCAUUCCCGCAUCCCAUGCAUCUUCACGGCCACGUUUUCCAGAUCGUUGCCAGAGGAUUAGGUACUUGGAAUGGCAACGAGGGUUCACUGCCAUCUAUGCCGGCGAAGCGAGAUACAGCUGUUGUCCCAGCGUUCGGGUACAUUGUCCUCCGCUUCAAGGCCGACAACCCUGGUGUCUGGUUCUUCCAUUGUCACAUCGACCUUCAUCUCAGCGGUGGAAUGGCUGCAACAAUCAUUGAGGCACCAGAUAUUCUUCAAGGACAGCAGUCAGUUUCGUCAGCAGCCAAUGCAAUCUGCAAGAGCUCGCCAUCCAGCGGCAACUGCAAUGGCGAUCCAGGUGCUAUCUCAGCAAGCGAUGCUGCGAGCAAGUGCAACAAUGUAUAUAACUACAAGGGGUCGGGGUCUGCUGUGGUGUGA